CUAGAAGCUUCGCACUCUGCACCCGAAAGAGGCACUCGAGAAACGAUCUGUAAUAAUAGGUAACUUAGAUGACGCACUUGGGGCCGGAGAUUUGCGUCAUGUUGAGGCACCUCAGAUGACGUCAUCAAGUUAUAGGCAACCUACCUCUUUCAAAUAAUCUUGCUUGAGGAAUAUAUUUAUUCGAUGCACUAAGUCAAGUUUCAUCUUUUUUUCUCAGCCUGUGAAAGAAACAGAUAAAAAUAUCGCUAGGUUUUCAGUCGAUACAUAACCUCAAACCUACAAUCUCCGAUGUUUACUUUUUUGAAUGAGCGCAAAGUUUUCAAAUAAAACUUCAAAUUCCAGUGUCUAGAACUCAAAACUUAUCAUUCAUUCCUACACAAAACCAUCCCACAUUCCCCGAGCAAUUAUUAUUAUGCACUGAAAGUGUCGCAGUAGCAAAGGAAAAUGAGCGCUUUAUCAAAGUCUCUGCAAGUGAGUUUCGAAAUUUUGAACGAACUUUAUACAGCAGUAGGUGCUGGAGUUCUUGGCAUGAUGGUACUGCUUCAGCACGGGUUCCAGUCCCAUCAAACUAUAAAAACUUUAUGCGUUGUUGGAGUAACUACUGCCAGUCUUAUUUACACUUUUAGCAGGGAAAAACAGAAAUUGGUAGCUAAUAAGAAAAAAGUUGUCAUUAUUACUGGAUGUGAUUCUGGUUUAGGUUUUUCUCUUGCUCAACACGCCUCAAAAUGCGGUUUUACUGUGAUAGCAACAUUUUUGAGUCUCGAUUCGAAAGGUUCAAAAGAAAUUAAAAGACUAUACGGAGGAUACAUUAUACAGAUACAACUUGAUAUUACAGACAGUAAUAGCAUUCAAAAUGCUGUUCAGACGUUGGAGCAUUAUUUUAGUAAAAACCCCGAUUAUAGUUUUCAUGCUUUAGUUAAUAACGCAGGCGUUAUGGUAUUUGGAGAAUUCGAAUGGCAAACUGAAAGAUUAAUAAAACAACAAAUAGAAGUUAAUUUACUUGGAACUUUUAAGCUUACAAAUGCUUUUUGCCAUUUAUUAAGAAAACAUAAAGGAAGACUUAUAACAGUUUCUAGUCAUUGUGCUUUAGCUAAUUUGCCAGGAUUAACUGUUUAUGGAGCUACAAAGGCGGCCCUUAGUUCUUGGAAUGACGGUUUGAGAAUCGAAAUGGCCAAAUAUGGGGUGCGAAUUAUCACAUUUAUACCAGGUUCUUUUACAACUGAAAGUAGUAUAAUGUCUCGGCAACUUCAAAAUGUACAAGAGAUGCACGAUAAUUUCACAGAAGAACAGCACCGGUUUUACAGCGACUAUUUUAAACGCUACAACAUUUAUUUGUCUUUUAUUACGUCGCCGCCGGAGCCUCAAAAAAUCCAAGACGAAAACCUUUACAAAACCUUCGAGGACACUUUACUGGACGAAAAUCCCGAUUACGUUUACAAACAUGAACCUCUAAGAUAUAAGAUUUAUCAUUUUUUCUUCAAGUAUAGUCCGCUGGUUUUGAGAGAUUAUUUGAUAACUAAGUUUAUGCAAAUGCCUGACUAUAAAUCGGACACUCCUAGCGAUGAUGAUUUUGAGGAUAUUAACGUUGAAACGGAUUGAUAACAAUAAUAUUUAAAACCCCUUUGUUUAGCGCAGAAAGCAGCCCAUUUUUUUAAAAUUUAAAAUGAAUGUUAGAUGUUUCUUUUGUGAUGUAAAAUAUAAAAACAUAAUCAUUGUGGGAAUAAAAAUAGAAACAAGCCCA